AGGGUACGUUAAAUACAUAUUUCUAAUCAACAUCUAUACCUGAAAUUAGGAUGGAAGCUAGUUCGAAGGUACCACUUUCACAUACUUUGUGGUCUCCCCAUGACACCGUCAAAGAUGCUGCUGAAUCCUUGGGAAUCAAUCUUCCGGAAGAAGCAGCCAAAAACUUGGCCAUGGAUGUCGAAUAUAGAAUCCAUGAGAUCUUGGAAACAGCCAAUAAGUUCAUGCGUCAUGGGAAAAGAAAGUUGCUCACCACAGGUGACAUUUCCUUGGCCUUGAAGAUGUUGAAUAUUGAGCCCUUGUACGGGUACGACAACUCACAACCUUUGGAAUUCAAAGAAGCAUUAGUUGGAGCUGGAGGUCAAACCUUGUAUUAUAUCGAUGAUCAUGAGAUUGAAUUUGAGAAGUUGAUCAAUCAACUGUUGCCCCGUGUUCCAAGACAAACUAGUUUCACUGCUCAUUGGUUGGCAAUUGAAGGUGUACAGCCCAUGAUUAGUCAGAAUCCAUUACCACUGGAAAUUAAGGCAUUGGCUCCAAUUGUCAGAGGUGCUACCUCAACUUUAUUGGGCGAUUCCAUUGGCGGCAGUAGCUCAAGCAGUAAUGGUACAGCCAAUGGUGCUGCCAAUAGUAGUGGUGGAUCUGGAGCAAACGGAACAGGGGCUGGCGGUUCGAACGCUACGAAUAGAUCUUCGGGUGCCAGUACCUCCGGUACUUCUGGUACUUCUGGAACCAAGGUUGAAGUUAAGCCUCUUGUUAAACAUGUCCUUUCCAAACAACUCCAACUUUACUUCGACAAGGUCGUUGAAGUACUCAUUUCGACGGACCCAGAAAAGGAACAACUCAAGUAUGCAGCCCUUACCUCCCUUAGGAAUGACCCUGGUCUCCAUCAACUUGUUCCAUAUCUUAUUCAAUUUGUAGCAGAACAAAUCACAAACCAAUUAAGAAACAUUAAUAUUCUUUCAACGAUGUUGGAAGUGAUAUCCGCUUUGGUUGAAAACAAGACUAUAUUCCUCGAUCCAUAUGUUCAUGCCUUGAUGCCUUGUAUUUUAACUUUGUUGUUGGCCAAAAGAAUUGGACCUAACGUUGCCAAUGGUGGAUCCUCGGCGGCAGUAUCAAAGGCAGAGAAUGUGAAGUCGAGCGAUGCUAUGGAAGUUGAUGAUGAAGAUAAAACAACUUCCUCGAAUGAGAAAUCAUCUACUAAAGAUACUGAUUCCGAUUCCCUUCUUCAGCAGCUCGCCGUUAGAGAAUUUGCAGCUGUGCUUCUUCAUCAUAUCAUCAGAGUCUACGGCUCUCUGUAUACUACCCUCAUGCCAAGAGUUACCCGUACCCUUUUAAGAGCACUUCUCGAUGCUUCUAAACCAGUGGGUACUCACUAUGGUGCUUUGUUAGGUCUUCAAAAUAUGGGUUCGGAAGUUAUUAAGUUGGUACUUAUUGGAAAUCUUAAGAUGUGGUGCAACCUGGUCAUUUCAAACGGACGUAGCGAGCAAGAACGUGAAAUUCUUUUGAAUACAACUUUGGAUACAUUAAGGAAGUUGAAAAAUGUAUCUGAGGAUGGUCAAGAAUCAACUGAAGAAGGUACUGGACUCUCAGAUGAAGUUAAAGAGAAACUUGUGGAAAGACUUGGUGAAACUCUUUCGGACCUUGUACUUGAGCAAGAAGAUUCACUCGAGAUUGUAAGAGGCAUUUUCUUUGGUGAACUCAAUGUAUAAUAUCAUUGGAUCCAAAGAGUCUGUAGGGUUGAAGGUGGUGAAAGCACCCUAAUGUGAUUUCCGAACAGAAGGGAAAAAACCUAAUGCUAUAAAUACACCCGCAUUAUCGAGUAUUCAUCAAGGAGCAAUAAGAGGGGGUAAAUACACCCUACUCCGUUAAGACAGCUGCAACGCCCUCGUGAAAUUCAAUUUCGUAAGACUUCACAGGCGCAAAGAAUUUUAUAUCCUCAAGGGUAAACACGGUCAGAUAUUGAUUUGUUUUCUAUCCUUGCUAGGAUGAUACAGCAAUUGUUGUCCGCUUUCCUCAAAUAUGAAAUCAGAAAGCAGAAAGUUCAAAAGAGUUCUACAACAACGUGUCCUUCAACUCAUUCCCUGUAAAAAAGAAUUGACAAUAGAAAAUAUUAAUUGAAUUGUAUGUAAUGAGAGAGGUGAUAUUAUGUGGAAUUUAUGCAAAUUAACGUCCAC